UUGGAGUGUAAUGCUCGUUAUUCCUAAAGUUAGUUAAACACGUUGGCUGACUAUAAGCAGGACUCUGUUUUAAAGAGAAGAAGAAGAAGAUGGAGUUUGAGGCCACGGAGACUGUCCGCUCGACACCGAGUCGACACGAGAAAAGUUUGGGGCUCCUCACGAUGAAGUUUGUCAGUCUAAUUCAAGAGGCGAAGGAUGGCGUCCUUGAUCUGAAAGUGGCUGCAGACAGCUUGGCAGUGAAGCAGAAGAGGAGGAUAUAUGACAUCACCAAUGUACUGGAAGGAGUCGGCUUGAUCGAGAAGAAAAACAAGAACAUAAUUCAGUGGAGGGGAGAGAACUCAGGCAGCCAAACUGAGGAGGUGCUGGAGCAGGUGAAGGUUUUGAAGGCCCACAUUUCUGACCUGGAGGCUCAAGAAAAAGAGCUGGACAACCAGAAGGCGUGGCUGGAGGAGAACAUCAAACACUUUAACCUCGAUCCCAUCACCAGCACUUAUAAAUAUGUCACACAUGAAGACAUCUGCAGUGCCUUCAGCGGAGACACUCUCCUCGCUAUAGUGGCUCCUGCUGGGACCCAGCUGGAGGUACCGCUACCUGAAACGGGCCAGAGUGGACAGAAGUACCAGGUGAACCUGCGCAGCCACUCGGCCCCCAUCCAGGUCCUGCUCAUCAACAGGGAUUCAGACUCCACAAUACCCGUGGUCUUCUCUGUGCCGCCCACUGACGACAUCUGUACAAUGCCAACUCCCCCGAGCACCCCCGCCAGCCUGCAGAGGUUCCCUUUGUCCACGUCGGUGUACUCCACCACCAACACCACCUCCUCCUCCUACUGCAGCAGCCAGGACUCCCUCUGCUCAGACCACCAGAUGGUGCUGCCAGAACAUGAUGAAGUGCUGACUCCGUCCUCCAGCCCUCCCGAUGUGCAGAUGGCGUGCUACAGUCAGUCGGCAGCAGUGCUGGAGCAGCAGCAGCACAUGGACCUGGAGGGCCCAGAGUUCCAGUCUGUAGUGGACAUGAGCAGCCUGUUGAAGCUCAGUGCUGCUGACAUGAAGGACGACCGAGAGGGAGCCGUCGACCUGAUCGAUGAGCUAAUGUCGACUGACGGAAUAGAGUACAGCUUCAACCUGGACGACAAUGAGGGAGUGUGUGACCUGUUCGAUGUGCAGAUUCUAAAUUACUGAUGGCUAACCGCGCCUCCUCUGCUGCACGCUUUUACAAUCUCAGGAGCCACCUUUGCCUCUCUCUCUCUCUCUCUCUCUCUCUAAAGACACUUCAAAGAUGCCUUUCCCCCUUUUUUGUUACGAUGCACAGCUGAUAAUCAAACAUUCCAUUGUCAUAUUAAACACUACUUUUACACACACUUAGACUGCAGUUUAAAACACGGUGCCUGCGUUAGUUCACCGUGAGACAUUUGUGAAGCCACGAGUCAUUAUCUGUCCAGUUGAAUGGUUGUGCUGGGUGAAUACCGCUCCCUCAGUCGGAGUAAGCCGGGACAAAUCCUUCAGCCUCCUACUGCACUUUGGCAUGUUAGUAUUUUUGUAUUUUUCCACAUCCAGUGGAAAUUCUGAGAUUAUACGACAGCUUUACUUUCUGUUCACGAACAGUUGUGAUUGUGAGAGUGUUUUCAUAUUGGUUGAUAUUCAGAGUAGCUUGUAACAACUCAGUAUUUACUGCUUUCAAACAUUUCAUAAAGGGUCGAUGACCUAGUUCUGGCUAUUGAGCCAUUUAGGAUUAUGGUUCUUUAAAAAGCAUAUUGUGUAAAAACUUACCCAAUUCAAUAGUUACAUUUGAUAAAACGUCGUAUAGUAUUUGAUGAGUGAAUGUUUCGGGUACAUUUUGUGACCUUGUUCUAAUGUGAAAAUGGCAGAAAGAUUUAUUUUCUAAAUUAUUAUGACACUGCCAU